AUGCUUUCUCUCUUUAUAGCUCCUCCAAAAGUUGGUAAAGCAAUUGAAAAGGUCAUAAGAGAUUUUUUAUGGGACGCUUCAGACACCAAGAAAGGUUAUCAUUAUGUCAAAUGGAAGACAUGUUGCUUACCGCCUAAAGCAGGGGGGCUAGGCAUCAAGUUUGUAAGGAGUAUCAAUAAAGCUCUUAUCUCAAAAUGGCGGUGGCAGUUUAAUCAUGAAAAGACAGUGUUGUGGAGGAAUGGUAUUGUAUCCAAAUAUGAAUUAACCCAGCAGGACAGGGAAACUAAAAACCGAAGCAACAGAAUAACUGUGGUGUUUGGAAAGGAAUCUACUCUCUUCGUAACACCUUCAAGCAGCACCAUUCUAAAAGUUGAGGACGGAAACUCAAUCAGAUUCUGGGAAGACCAAUGGGUGGGGGAGCAUCCUUUUAAUGUCACCUUUCCAAACAUUUAUCGUAUAUCUUCGGUUAAAAAUUGGACAAUCCGUAAAUGCGCUGAAAUACUGGCUAAUGGUGGUUCAUGGAACCUCGGGUUGGACAGAAGGCUCAAUCAAGCUCAGAUAGAUGAAGCCAUAGCCCUCUCAGUAAUCAUAGAGCAAUGUAGAAUGGAUGGCAAUCAUGAUGUUGUCUCUUGGGCAAUCGACAAAAAUAGGACUUUCUCGGUUAAAUCGGCUUAUUCUUGGGUGGAAAAGGAGCAUCAACUUGAAGCUAAAAACCUUAAUGUGUGGUCAAGAUUAUGGGCUCACAAGAUUGGAAAAUCCUUGGUGUGCCUUAAGAUAUCAAGAAUUCUUAGGAAUGUGCCUUUUAAAGUUUGUCUUGGUGGAGUUUUGGCUCCGGUAGUGCUUGGCUUGUUUCAAAGCAAAGUCUUUGCACAUCUAUCAUGUUUUUUUGUCCUUGUACCGGUAUCUGCAAAAGUUUUUUUGAGCAUAGAUUGUGGUUCAUCUUCAUUGAAAUCUCGUACGGAUAAUAAUUCGAUCGCAUGGGUCGGAGACGGUCCUUACAUAAAAACAGGAAAAACUCAUAAAGUCAAUGUUGCACCACCAAAUAUAUCUGGUUGGGAUUCUCGUGCUGUGAGCACUCUUAGAGCAUUCCCAGCUCGAAAAAAGAAUUGUUAUUCAAUAGACAUUGAAAUUGUAACAACAAAUGGAAUUAUAUAUUACGAAGUGGUAUUCUCAUUGAACAAGAGUAGCAAUAUAGACGUAUGUCUUGCUCAAGCACAACCGGAUAAUAUUCCGUUUAUAUCCGCUCUUGAAAUAAGAAGUUUGGAUCCAGGUGCUUACGGUUAUAUCCCUGCAGAUUUUCCAUUGUUUUUCACUGAGAGAACUGCUUAUGGUACCAACACAACUAUAAGGUACCCUGAUGAUAGUUUCGAUCGAAUUUGGAGCUCACUUGGGCCACUAGAUAACACUAGUACUGUGACUAGGGUCAGAAGUAACUCGCCGUCCAUUAAAGUUGACGUUGAAGAUAAACCUCCGAAAGCGGUAUUAAGGACAACAUUAUUGCCAUUGAAUUCAUCCCACGACAUAUUUUAUAGCCCCACUAGAAAUCAUCAAUUUCGUUUACAUUUCAAUGCAUAUUUCUCAGAAGUGAUCAAACUAAAUUCUACUCAGAAACGAUCAUUUGAUAUAGUAGUUAACAAUAAACAAGAUAAUAGUUUUAUCGCUUCUAAAAACCCUGUGAUUCCACCUUACGGACGCACAUUGGAGGUUCACAUCCUCAAUGUGACUAUUUUCAACUCUUCAUUUUCAAUUAAUCUUUUACGGACAAAUGAUUCAACACUUCCUCCACUAAUCAAUGCUCUUGAAGAGUUUAUCAUCGGUGAUAAAUUAGCUCAAGGAACCAAUUCAAACGAUGUGAAAGCAUUGGGUUUACUGAAAAAGAGUUUUGCUCAGCUGCAAGAUUGGAAUGGUGAUCCUUGUUUACCUUCACCAUACACUUGGGAUUGGGUUGCUUGUAAUGAUGAUACAGAUUCUCCUCGAAUUACAGCACUGUAUCUCAACAACCUUGGAUUAACAGGCACUUUACCAGACUUUAGUGCCAUGGAUGCCCUCAGAACCAUAAAUUUAAGCAACAACAAUUUGACGCGAGAAAUUCCUGAAUUUCUUGGCACAUUCCCUGAACUCACAGUAUUAAAUCUGGCAGAUAACAACUUUAACGGAACAGUACCUUCAUCAAUAUCAGAUGAUGUCAACUUGAAGUUCAACGCAACUGGUAAUCCGAACUUGUUGUGCACGCCCACAUCGGUAUGCAAUACUGACCUUGAAUCAAGAAUUCCUCCCCCAAGCACUGGAAAUACUGACCCCGAAUCAAGAAUUCCUCCUCCCCCAAGCACCGGCAAUACUGACACUGAACCAAGAAUUCCUUCCCCAGUCGACAAAGGCAGAAGUUCGAAGACAUUUGCACAACCAAUAAUAAUACUCUUGAUUAUGUUUUCUGGUUUAUUAUUGUAGGUUGAUCAAACCAAAUGGUUUGUGUAUUUACAAUUGCAACUUUUGUGGGUUUGUUGUAACUUUGUAUGAGUUGUGCUGUGCUAGCUAGUUUGAAGGCAUAUUGCACAUGUAUAGAUGUAUAGAUGGUUGGAUGGAAAAUAAUUUU